UCUGUCACUGUCACCGCAGUAGGUAAGUCAUUUACAUUUCUGAGGGCUUUAUCUGCUCAGCCGUCAGUCAGAGUCCGCAAAUUUUGCUGAGCUACACAGAAGUUUGUCAUUUUGCUUUUUUUUACAUUUUACUUCGUGACGGUAUGUAAACAGUGUGCCUACCUAGCUAGCUAAAGUGUUAUUUACCUUGCUAUGUGGUUGCAGGCCAAUUAAUAAAGGUUAACAUUUCUGGAUUGGUUAAAUAAAAUGAAUUUUUAUGUUUUCUAUUGGUAUAACGCUAACGCUGUGUAGUUUCUCAUGUUGUUUGUGUGACAUCGUUAGCUAACUUACAUGGCAGUGAGCAAAGAUUGCUAUCGCUGACUUUAGAUAAAGAGCAUUGAAUGAAUGGCCAUUAAACCCUGUAAAAUCCAUGCUUACUAUUUCGUUAUUCAUGUUGAAGCGUAUCGUUCAGUAAUUACUCUGGAAAUGGAACUGAUACGCAAGUUAUGUCGAUGCGAAUGGCCAGGUCGGAUGGUUUGAACCGCCCACGGUUCCUUGGAGUUGAAGGGGCUACGAUUAGGUGAAUUUCGUCCUUUGUUUCAACGUUUAUUGUGAGGUGUAUUAUUAAAUGCUGACCAUGAAUUACUGUAUUGAUCAAAUGCGCAUUGUUUGCUUUGUAAAGUCAUACUUUAGUUCGGAAAUGCGGUUUAACGUGCUGAAAUUGUCAUUAGAAACAAGGCAGCCACGUAAUGUUAAUGUUAUGUAAACAUAGUCAUUACAGAGUUUGGUUACAUAUAUAUAUAUAUAUUUGUGGCUAUUUAGGACCGUCAAAAAUCUGUAAAUCUGACUAUAAUAGGCCUAGGUGUCAUGUCUACUUAACGUUACUUUGAGGAAAUACGACCCUGAGUGAAUAAACAAAACAAAGGGGAGGGAGAGGGAAAGUAAGGAGUGGGAGAGACUGUGGAAAUAUUUGUGUGUGUGUAUAUAUAUAAAUCAGUAUAAAUCAGUUAAGUGCUAUAAAACAGUGCAAUCAAUUAUGUAACAAUUUUAUAAGAACAUAGCAUAAUUACAAUAUAAUGUUAUCCUAAAAUAUCUAGACAAGUAUAUAUAUAUAUAUAUAUAUACAUACAUAUCUCUAUACAUGUCUAUAUUUUAUGUAAGUCUGUUACUGUUAGUGAAAGAUGACUUCUAAAAGUCACAAAGCUAUGGGGGAUGACGAGUGGAUGUCACGCCUAAAGAGGUUUGCUGCUUCUGGGAUCUGGCCCUCUGACGCAGGCAACCGGCCCGCACCCAGACAAAAGAAGUGGUAUGACCUCUAUCAGAAGAUAGAGAAGUGUCCACUGCAGUCCCGUGGACAAACCACUUUGUUUCGCGGGUAUCGGAGUUGCAACUGUGGAUUUCAUAUUAUCAGGGCCCCUAGUCAUCCUGUGACUUCAGUCACAACCACAGCCUCCCCCUCUUCCCCAGUACAGAGCCCUCGCCAACCUGCACUAACUUUGUCUAUGUUUGAUAGGCAACGUUUUGGUGGGACACACAGUGCUGUGGCCAAACCUAAUUUGGUCUCUCGUAAGCCAUGCCAGCCACUACCCUGCCCUGCCGUCACCUCAAGCAGCGCCAGCACUGGCAGUACAUCCAUCUACACUGUCAUCCCUUCCAGUCCUGAUGAGACCUACACCAUCACUCCUGGCACCCCUCGCACCCCUAGUCCUGGUGAGGUAUCUGUUAGGACCACCACUUCAGGUAGCCCUAGUCCUUCUGAGGCUGCUUUGAGGACCACUACUGCAGGCUGUAUUAGUCCUGCACAGACACCCACCACCAUGUCUACGGUUGUUGCCAGCUCUGUUGGUGAGGAUCUGGCUGGUCCUGCUUCUGCUUCAUUUUGGCUUCCUGUUGAGAUGAAGAACUCGAUUCCAGUGCAGGAUCAACGAUGGAUUGCCUCUGCCCUCUACCAUGCCGGAAAGCUGCGCCCCGACUUAAAGCUGUGGUAUGAGCCUCCCGUGCCAUUGCACAUCUACCAUCAGGCUCCAACACCAGAUCGCUUUUUCACCCACCGGCUCAUGGUGUGGAUGCCCUACCACCAGUGGAAAGUUAGGGUGUUCUGUCCAACCUGUGGCAAGCAGCUGACUGGCUAUGGUGUACAUAAGAGAGUGCGCAAAGUCCUGGACAUUGAUACCUUCUAUCUGCUGGUGACAGAGAUCCUCAGGUGUACUCUGUGUCGCCUGACGUUUUUGUCUACCAGUCAGACAGUCCGGGACCAGCUAGACUUACCCCAUCAAAAGAUGUUCCGUCUCAUCCUGACACAGAAGUAUGCAUGUGACAUCCGCGUUAUUCGUCUGCUUCGGGACCGGACUCUGGGUAACAGCCCUACCCGACUGGUGAAGCAGUUAAAGGAGAACCACGGUGAGGAAUGGUUGAACCGGCUGGCCCACUACUUGGAGGAGUGUGCAAGCUUUGUGAACCGCCCCAGCCUUUUCCCAGUGGCCUGCCAGGAACCCCCUGAACCAAUAGAUGUGCCCACCAGUCGCUGGCUCCUGUCUGUGUAUGGCAGAGACAUCAUCAGCCGGAUGGAUCACAUCAAGGCCACCAUCACAUCCACCUUUGGGUCCAUUUUAAAGAUGGACUCAACUAAAAAGAUCACAAAGAAGUUGGCUGGCAUAGGCAGGGGGACGGCAUUCUGGCUGACCUCUGUGGGCAACGAGAUUGGUCAAAUCCUCAUCAGUGUUCUCACUGCUGAGGAGGGUGCAGGUCUGAACCUGAUGACAUCUGACCUGAUGAAGAGAUACAGCCAGGCUGGCGUGGCUCCUCCUAAGGUCCUGUAUGUGGAUUCCCACUGCUGCGUGGAGGAGGGACUCAGCAAGCUGCAGCAACGGUUUGCGCAGUGGCCCAACCUCCAAAUUAGGCUGGACAUCUGGCACUUUAUGCGGAGGAUGUCUGCAGGGUGCACCACAGACGCCCAUGCGUUGUAUCCCACCUUUAUGGCUGGCCUGUCAUCUUGUAUUUUUGAGUGGGAUCCAGAAGAUGUGGCUUUACUGCGCCGGGCAGUCCGUGAGCAGCUCAGACAGGAGGGUGUGUCGUUUAUUAGUGAUGCCUUGGUGGACAAGCGCAUUACUAAGAAUGACCUGGCUUUCCACUGUCGACGGAGAACUCGUGGAGAGCAGACCACCAUCCAGCUAAUUGACCGUCUGCUCCACGAGCUCUUAGGAGACAAGGGCAGAGACCUAAUGGGUAUCCCUCUGCUUGACAAGGUGAGGAUGGAGUACAUCUGGCGUGUUCAGAAACGACACAUUAGGUGUAUUCAGGAUGUGCCAGGGAUACCUCUAUACACAGAAACAGGCACUACCACCAAGGGGGGCAUUGUGCUUACAAGGUACAGAUGUGCCAGGGGGUCCACAUCACUGGAGUCAUUUCACUGCCACCUGCAGAGAUUUAUUCCAGGAACCACUGCAAACAGCUUAAAUUUUCAGCUGUACCUCCUGGAAGGUCUCAGCAGGUGGAAUCAGGACAGAGCAGCUGCAUCCGUGGCUAGCCAGCCAGCCUCUCUGAUGACCUAUGCGGGGGAUGUCCUUCACUGUGUGAACACCAACAGCCUGAAGGUUUUUGGCAGGAAAUACGUCUCAUCUUUUCAACCCCCUGCAAAGUACACUGGAGAGCUGAUUGGUGUGGACUAUCUGCUAAGACAGACAGGACUGCCCCUGCAAGACGUCAAUCCGGACUCAGAGGAGACUGAGGGCUUACUGGAGGACCUGGCAGAGGAAGACGAACAAGAAGAUGAAGGGUUUGAGGAGGACCAUUCAUUGGAUCUGACGUUCCCAAGUCUUGACUCGUCAACCUCUGCUCAGCCAGGAAUGCCAUGUGUCCAGCCUGCACUGCUGCCCUCUGCCCAGCCUGGAUUGCCCCCUGUCCAGCCUGCACCAUCGCCCUGUGUCCAGCCUGCACUGCUGCCCUCUGCCCAGCCUGGAAUGCCCUCUGUCCAGCCUGAGGCCACCAUCACCCUUCCUGUUAGUGUCUCAGGUGACCCACAGCAGGUCCCUGAAGAGCAUUUGGCAGUGGAUGAGCAUGGCAUGCCAGGUAUGGAUCGGGUAGACAGCUUGGCAGAGUAUCUGGUGGAGCUCAGGACACAAACAUCUCUGACCCUCAGCAGACAGCAGGCAAGCACCAUUGUGGCCCUGUGGCAGAACAUGCUUGAUUACGACAAGCAGCGGGUGGUGUUUGCUGCCAGGCACCAAGAUAAGCUGACAACUGGGAGAUUCCGGUCACCUAAAAAGAGGGCUGAAUUUACUCCUGGGAUGGACAGCUUGAAGAGAAGCGCCCUUACCACCACUGCUCCGCUGGCACAGUGGCCGGAUUGCUGCCGUCUUGUUGAGGCCAUUUUUGUAAGGCUUUGUGGCCUCCACAAGAGUCCAAAAAAACAAGGGCGGACCACUCUCACAAGAUGGUCACUGAUUCUUCAGGACUACCGCAAAAUACGGCAGCUUAUCUUAGGCAACGGCACCAUAAUGCAGGAAACAUCAAUACAGCUGGUGGAAGUUAACCAAACAACACUGAACCAGUGGCACAACCGCAGGGUGAAAAAGCAAGACAAUGUCCUUGUGUUGCAGGGCAUUGACCUUCCCAGUCGGGUCCCGGUGGCUGCUGAGACUCUCCUGGCAGCAAAUGUGCGUCCUGCUGUCACUCCACAGGUACCUGGUGAGCCACACACUUAUCACCUACCUGACAACACAACGGGACAGGCAGUAACUAAGAGGAUGGCAACUGAUGCAGUUGCGGCUGCCCCAGCAGCUGUUAGACCCAAGGUGGCGUCAAAGAGGCAGCUUUUUCCAAAGCCUCCAACCCCAGGGCCUCCUCAGUUCUUGCCGUCAUCUUCCAUGCCUCCUGUCCUCUUUGGUACCCCACAAACCCAUGUAAUUACUUUUAUUCCGCUUCCUAGUCAGCAGUAUCCCCUUACCCAAGCCAGUGUUUCUAAAGCAUUGCCUGCCACCACUUCUACCACAUCUGCUCGCCGAAAACCCUACCAAAAGAAAGUCCUCACAAACACCUGCAGGAAAUGUGGCCAGUACAGGACUGCUGGGACAGGGCACAGCCAGUAUAAAGGGACAAUCUAUUGCCCCUCGACAGAGGCACUCUCGAAGGAGGAAUGGCUGGAGCAGAUGAGACGGAAGUAGUUACUGUUUUAUGUUGCUUGCACUUCAUUUUAGCACCCACACUUUUAUAGCUAUAAUAAUAUAUUCUGAUAUUAUAUUAUAAUUAUGCUAUUAUAUAUAUUUGCUUUAAUUGUCUAUGGUAUAUUAUUAUUAUUAUUAUUAUUAUUAUUAUUAUUUAUU